GCGAAGGGGGCGGAGAGGCAGGAGCGCGGCGGGACGCGGCCUGGACCGCGCGUACCUCGGCCUGGGGUUCUCUCCGCGUCGGCGGUGACAGCUGCGACUGCAGCUACGGCCGCGGGUUGUGCGAGAUUAGUCACUGACACCAUGAACUGGAAUAAAGGUGGCCCUGGCACUAAGCGAGGAUUUGGCUUUGGAGGUUUUGCCAUUAGUGCUGGGAAGAAGGAAGAACCAAAACUUCCUCAGCAAUCCCAUAGUGCCUUUGGGGCAACCAGCUCUUCUUCUGGAUUUGGAAAAUCAGCUCCACCACAGCUCCCUUCUUUCUAUAAAAUUGGAUCUAAACGGGCCAACUUUGAUGAAGAAAAUGCGUAUUUUGAAGAUGAGGAAGAAGACUCUAGCAAUGUUGAUUUACCUUACAUUCCUGCUGAAAACUCACCUACCCGCCAGCAAUUCCAUUCGAAACCGAUCGAUUCUGACAGUGAUGAUGAUCCCUUGGAAGCUUUCAUGGCUGAGGUGGAGGAUCAGGCGGCUAGAGACAUGAAGAGACUUGAAGAAAAGGACAAAGAAAGAAAAAACGUAAAGGGUAUUCGAGAUGACAUUGAAGAGGAAGAUGACCAAGAAGCUUAUUUUCGGUACAUGGCAGAAAACCCUACUGCUGGUGUGGUUCAAGAGGAGGAGGAAGAUAAUUUGGAAUAUGAUAGUGAUGGAAAUCCAAUUGCACCUUCGAAGAAAAUCAUUGACCCUCUUCCUCCCAUUGAUCACUCAGAGAUUGAUUACCCACCAUUUGAAAAAAAUUUUUACAAUGAGCAUGAAGAGAUAACCAACCUCACCCCACAACAGCUAAUAGAUCUCCGGCAUAAACUCAAUCUUCGGGUCUCUGGUGCUGCACCUCCUAGACCAGGAAGUAGUUUUGCUCAUUUUGGAUUCGAUGAACAACUUAUGCACCAGAUUCGGAAAUCUGAGUACACACAGCCCACUCCAAUACAGUGCCAGGGUGUACCUGUGGCAUUAAGUGGUAGAGAUAUGAUUGGCAUUGCCAAAACAGGCAGUGGAAAAACUGCAGCCUUUAUCUGGCCUAUGUUGAUUCAUAUAAUGGACCAGAAGGAAUUGGAACCAGGGGAUGGACCAAUUGCAGUGAUUGUGUGUCCUACCAGGGAGCUGUGCCAGCAGAUCCAUGCAGAAUGUAAGCGAUUUGGGAAAGCAUAUAAUCUUCGAUCAGUGGCCGUGUAUGGAGGAGGGAGCAUGUGGGAGCAGGCCAAGGCCCUUCAGGAAGGGGCAGAGAUUGUUGUGUGUACCCCAGGUCGACUGAUCGAUCACGUAAAGAAGAAAGCUACCAAUCUUCAACGAGUCUCUUACCUUGUGUUUGAUGAAGCAGAUCGAAUGUUUGACAUGGGAUUUGAGUACCAGGUGCGAUCCAUAGCAAGUCAUGUCCGUCCAGACAGACAGACUCUAUUAUUCAGUGCAACUUUUCGGAAGAAGAUUGAAAAAUUGGCCCGAGACAUCCUGAUUGAUCCUAUUCGAGUGGUGCAGGGAGAUAUUGGAGAGGCAAAUGAAGAUGUGACACAAAUUGUGGAGAUUCUCCACUCUGGGCCUAGUAAAUGGAACUGGCUUACCCGGCGUCUGGUGGAGUUUACCUCUUCAGGGAGUGUCCUUCUGUUUGUUACUAAAAAAGCCAAUGCUGAAGAGCUAGCCAAUAACCUGAAGCAAGAGGGUCAUAACCUUGGGCUGCUCCAUGGAGACAUGGAUCAGAGUGAAAGAAACAAGGUCAUUUCAGAUUUUAAAAAAAAGGACAUCCCGGUUCUGGUGGCUACGGAUGUUGCAGCUCGUGGUCUGGACAUUCCUUCCAUUAAAACUGUCAUUAACUAUGAUGUGGCACGAGACAUUGACACCCACACUCACAGGAUUGGCCGCACGGGGCGAGCAGGCGAGAAGGGUGUGGCCUAUACCUUGCUGACUCCCAAGGACAGCAAUUUUGCUGGUGACCUUGUCCGGAACUUGGAAGGAGCCAAUCAGCAUGUUUCCAAGGAACUCCUUGAUCUGGCGAUGCAGAAUGCCUGGUUUCGGAAAUCCCGCUUUAAAGGAGGGAAAGGCAAAAAGUUGAACAUCGGUGGAGGAGGCCUAGGCUACAGGGAGCGCCCUGGCCUAGGCUCUGAGAACACGGACCGAGGAAAUAACAACAAUGUCAUGAGCAAUUACGAGGCCUACAAACCCUCCACAGGAGCAAUGGGAGAUCGACUGACAGCAAUGAAAGCAGCUUUUCAGUCACAGUACAAGAGUCACUUUGUUGCCGCCAGCUUAAGCAAUCAGAAGGCUGGAAGCUCUGCUGCUGGGGCAAGUGGAUGGACUAGUGCAGGAAGCUUGAAUUCUGUCCCAACUAAUUCUGCCCAGCAGGGCCAUGCCGGCCCUGACGGCCCAGUGGCCAGUGCUCCCAAGGGCGUCCCCGGCUGCAGCAACCCUGGGAACCUCAGCAGUGCCCCCGUGACAUACCCUCCUCCCGGAGCCCAGGGAGCGAACAACACUGCUUCAGGGAGUAACAGCCGGGAAGGGAUUGGGGGUGGCAAUGGGAAGCGAGAGAGAUACGCUGAGAACCGGGGUGGCAGCCGCCACAGUCACGGAGAAAGCGGCAAUCGGCACGGUGAUAGCCCACGACAUGGAGACGGGGGUCGCCAUGGAGACGGAUACCGCUACCCGGAGAGCAGCAAUCGUCAUGCUGAAGGCCACCGGCACGGGGAGAACAGGCACGGAGGUGGCGGUGGCGGCAGUGGUAGCGGCGGCGGCGGCGGCUGCGGCGGCGGUGGCGGCGUUGGCCGACACGUAGAGGGCCGAGGCACAACUGAUGGCCGAAAUGGUGAGAGCAGGAAAGAAGGUUGUAAUCGUGAGAGCAAGAUGGACCCCAAGGUGGACGGCAGCAAGAUGGACCCCAAGGUGGACGGCAAGACAGAUAAGACAGCUGAUGGCUUUGCUGUCCCCGAGCCCCCCAAACGUAAGAAAAGCCGAUGGGACAGUUAGAGGGUAUGUGAAGUGUGAAACUGAUUGUCUUUAAUUUUAUUUUUAGAAAGAUUUUGGUAACUAGAUGUCUCAGGGCUGGGUUGGGGCCUAAGAUGUGUGGACCCCCUGCCCUUAGUGGAUAGCUGGAGCUUGCAGACGUUACUCCUUCAUCUGGAUCACUUUUCAGAUGUUUUCUUGGGAAACUGCUUGGUCCUUGGAAGCAAUGAAAACUGGGAGUUUGGGCUCUGGGUGAGUUGUCCUGAGGGUCAAUGGAGGACACCUUAGAAGGGCCUUAAUAAGGGGCACAAACUCACUCUAGGUUUAUACUAUAUGUAGCAUAUAUUUUUUACUAAAAUGUCACCUUGUAAACAUCUACAGAUAAAAUUCUUUUUCUUAGCUGUGUGGCCAGGCAGUCCUUUUUUUUUACCAGUUGGCUUCUGCAAACCGAAUCCAUGAAGGUGUCAGGGAUGUGUGGGACGCACUUCUGUGCUUCCAGACACUUGCUGGGGAGGGCGGGUCUGCUGGGGCGGGCAUCAAGGCCCAGAUUCCAGCAGGCGCAUCCAGCCCUGAGACAGGCAGCGGGGGUCGGGCCCCAGCCACGCUUGAAAGGGAAAAGGUAACCCUGGAGACAGUUCAGGGUUCCCUAGGUGCGACGUGUCACUGACUUUAAAAACAAACCCAAUGACAGCUUUUUAAGUGUCUUCUCAGAUUUCACUGUAUUUUUUUUUUAACUUGCCACAACGGUAGAAAAAUCUUUUGCUGAAAUGAUUGAUUUUUGUUGUUUAUAAAAGGAAAAGAAAUAUACAUACUUUGCAUUUUGUGACUUUGUGAAGGUUUCUUUAAAAUGUGCAUUCCUUUCUGCUUGCUCUAGUAAACGUUUUACUACUGGGA